AUGAGGUCAAAGGACACAUGGAUAACAGUCGACCAGGACGAAGGAUAUGAGGUCGUCUGCUUCAUGGCCGACGUCGGGCAAGAGGAAGACUUCGAUGCUGCCAAGGAGAAGGCUCUCAAGAUCGGGGCGAGCAAGUGCUACGUGGAAGACUUGAGGAGGGAGUUCAUCGAGCAACUCUGCUACCCAGCCAUCGCCUGCAACGCAAUCUACGAGAACGUCUACCUCCUCGGCACCUCCCUCGCUCGACCAGUCAUUGCCCGCGCUCAAAUUGCUGUCGCGCAAAAGGAGAACUGCUUUGCGGUCUCGCACGGAUGCACAGGGAAAGGCAAUGAUCAAGUCCGCUUCGAGCUCGCUUUCUACGCGCUCCAGCCCAGCAUCAAGGUCCUUGCGCCAUGGAGGGACCAGGUGUUCUACGACAGGUUCAAGGGGAGGAAUGACUUGCUGGACUAUGCGUCGGAAAAGGGCAUUCCAGUGACGAGCACGAAGAGCAAGCCGUGGAGCAUGGACGAGAACCUGGCGCAUUGCUCGUAUGAGGCGGGUAUACUGGAAGACCCAAACACCACACCACCAGAGGACAUGUGGAAGCUCACCACCGACCCGUCGAAGGCUCCGAAUGAGCCAGAGGACUUCACCAUCACCUUCAAGGAGGGUUUGCCGGUGAAGCUGGAGCAUUCUGGCGGCAAGAAGACCGCGACCGACUCGGUGGAUCUCUUCCUGACCGCCAACGCGAUCGCUCGCAAGCACGGCAUCGGCAGGAUCGACAUUGUCGAGAACCGCUUCAUCGGCCUCAAGUCGCGCGGCUGCUACGAGACCCCAGGCUUGACAAUGCUUCGCUCUGCCCACGUCGAUCUGGAAGGUCUGGUGAUGGACCGAGAAGUGCGCGCUCUCCGCGACCAGUUCGUCACCUUCGCCUACGCCAAGAUCCUCUACAACGGCCUCUACUUUUCGCCCGAGCGCGAGUUCCUCGAAGACUCCAUCACGUCGUCGCAGAAGAGCGUUAACGGCAGCGUGCGGUGUCGGGCAUACAAGGGCAUGAUGACGGUGCUGGGCCGGUGGAGCGACACGGAGAAGCUGUACGAUGAGAGUGAGAGCUCGAUGGACGAGAUUGGUGACUUUGCGCCGAGCGACACCACCGGCUUCAUCAGCGUGCAGGCGAUUCGAUUGAAGAAGUUUGGCAAGGCAAAGGAGGAAGCGGGGAAUAGCUUGGUGAAGGGGUGA